AUGAAAGGCCUUAUAGAUACGGUCAAUUCCGACGAAAGCAUUGAACUAGCAAAUACGCCUACUGUAAACAAAAUACAUGGCACGCAAAGAGACGAACGAGAUAUGGAUCGCAUGGGCAAACGUCAACAGCUCAGGCGACAAUUCAAGUUUUUGACCAUCUAUGGAUUUGGCGUCGUCCUUGGUUGCACAUGGGAAUACGCACUGAUCGGAACGGGUAUCUCCCUCUACAACGGAGGACCUGCCGGCGGUAUAUGGAUGCUCCUCGUUGUCUGCUUCGGCAUGCUGUGCGUUACCCUUUCCUUCGCAGAAAUGGUCUCUAUGGCCCCAAUAGCUGGUGGUCAGUAUCACUGGGUAUCCGAAGUCGCACCACCCAAACAGCAAAAAUUCAUAAGUUACGUAGUCGGCUGGCUCACAGUCAUCGCCUGGCAGGUCAAUGUCGCAGUCACAUCCUACGCCGUAGCCCAGCAAAUCCAAAGCCUCAUCGCCCUAAAUCUCCCCUCAUACACGAUAAAAGGCUGGCACGGGACCCUCCUCUCUAUAUCCAUAACCCUCUCUUCUAUCCUCUGGAACACGCUCCUCGUCAACAAACUACCCUUGAUGGAGGGCAUAGCGCUAACUCUGCACAUGCUAUCGUUCUUCGCCUUUAUCGUCGUCCUCUGGGUCAUGGGGCCCCGCGCAAACGCACAUGAUACAUGGACGCAGUUUGACGAUCCGAGCGGUUGGGGGAACAAAGGACUUGCGACGCUCGUGGGGAUACUGGGUCCGUCGUUGACGAUUGGCGGGUCGGAUCUCGCUGUGCAUCUUGCUGAGGAGGUAGAGGAUGCGGCGGAUGUGAUGCCGAGGGCUAUGGUGGCCACGUCGCUUACGAAUUAUGUGCUCGCGUUUGUGAUGACUGUGACGAUUUUUUCGAAUCUGGGGACAGAGAGGGGAGGCGUGAGGGAGACGGAGUUGGGACAGCCGUGGAUACAGAUUCUGGCUAAUGCGACUGAGUCGAGGGUUGCAGCGAAUGUACUGACGGUGGUGGUUGUCCUGAUGAUGCUGUUUGCCUGUAUCAAUCAGUUGACGGCUGCGUCGAGACAGUUGUGGUCGUUUGCGAGGGAUGGGGGGUUACCGUUUUCGGUGUGGCUUUCUAAUGUUCCUAGAGGCCGGGAUAUUCCCAUCAAUUCGGUAGUUUUUACCUUUAUGUUUACGGCACUUGUAUGUCUUAUCAUCAUAAUUUCGCCCCUCGCUUUCAACAUCAUAAUGGCCUUGGGAACUUUCAGUGGCUCAAUCGGCGAUACCACAGUGAUUAGCUGCAUGCUGAGAAGAAGGUUGCUUGGAGAGCCUCUCCUUCCUUCUCGCUUCAAUCUCGGUAGAGCAGGCAUCUUAGUGAAUUUUGGCGCUAUUUCGUAUAAUUCGCUUGCAAUUGUCUUCCUCGCCUUCCCGGAAGCGCCAUACCCCUCGUUGGUAAACAUGAAUUGGUCACGUCUUAUGUUCAGCGUUCUUUUCGGCGUUGCAAUGGUGUACUAUUUUCUCUUCGGUAGAAGUACCUACAAGGGCCCGGUAGAGUAUGUUAAGAAGUCAGCAUAG